UUUAUUGCUGCAUAAAAAAUCUUUUGAAUCGGGUCGGUUUGGAGCAAAGAAGAACUAGUUAAGUCUAAAGGGCAGAUUCUGAGUUAAACAGGAAGCGUGUAACUCGGGAAAAGAUCGAUUCAUCAAAUCUUCUUCUCUUUGCAGAGGUUUUGGAUUUUUAAGCAUUUACAAUGUCUUCAUCAUAUCUCCCAGCAACCACUGAUUCAAUUGCUCAGGCCUUAGAAGCCAAAACACCAUCUGAAGCUAUCUCAACCCUCUACCGUGUACUGGAAAAUCCUUCAUCUGCUCCCGAUGCUGUACGGAUUAAAGAGCAGGCUAUAACAAAUCUAUCUGAUCUUCUUAGACAAGAGAACCGGGCGGAGGAGCUCAGAAGCCUUCUGACCCAGUUGAGGCCCUUUUUUGCACUGAUUCCAAAGGCAAAAACUGCUAAAAUUGUCCGUGGUAUAAUUGAUGACGUGGCUAAAAUUCCAGGAACAUCAGAUCUCCAAAUUUCUCUUUGCAAAGAAGUGGUGCAGUGGACUCGUGCUGAGAAGCGAACUUUCCUUCGCCAACGAGUUGAAGCGAAGCUUGCAGCACUUUUAAUGGAGAACAAGGAGUACCCAGAAGCACUGAAUCUUCUUUCCAGCCUAAUCAAGGAGGUCAGAAGGUUGGAUGACAAGCUGCUUCUUGUCGACAUAGACUUGUUGGAGAGUAAGCUUCAUUUCUCUCUUCGAAACCUGCCCAAAGCCAAGGCAUCUCUAACGGCUGCAAGGACUGCAGCUAAUGCAAUUUACGUGCCACCCGCUCAACAGGGUAAUAUAGAUCUGCAAAGUGGAAUCCUCCAUGCCGAGGAAAAGGAUUACAAAACUGCUUACAGCUAUUUCUUUGAAGCAUUUGAAGCUUUUAACGCUCUCGAAGAUCCCCGCGCUGUAUUUAGCCUGAAGUAUAUGUUAUUGUGCAAGAUAAUGGUGAGCCAGGCCGAUGACGUCGCCAGUAUAAUAUCAUCUAAGGCAGGGCUACAGUAUGUGGGGCCUGAACUUGAUGCCAUGAAAGCUGUAGCGGAUGCCCAUGCAAAACGUUCCCUGAAGCUUUUCGAGAUUGCCCUUCGUGAUUUCAAGCCCCAACUAGAGGAAGACCCCAUUGUUCACAGGCACCUUUCUUCGCUAUACGACACACUAUUGGAGCAGAACCUCUGCAGAUUGAUUGAGCCUUACUCGAGGGUCGAGAUUAAUCAUAUUGCUGAACUGAUCGAGUUGCCAAUAGAUCAUGUAGAGAAGAAACUCUCUCAGAUGAUACUUGAUAAGAAGUUCGCAGGGACCCUGGAUCAGGGUGCUGGGUGUCUCGUUAUCUUCGAUGAUCCAAAGACCGAUGCCAUAUACCCGGCAACGCUGGAAACCAUCUCCAACAUUGGCAAGGUGGUAGAUAGUCUCUAUGUGAGGUCUGCUAAGAUAAUGGCAUAAGAUUCGAGACUUACCGACGCUUUUAUAUAGCUUGCUGUGCGGUUCCAGCAGAAAACAAGUGUUCGGUCACGCUUGGUAUUCACAUGUUCUAAUGUUUCAGCGUUUUUUAGUGGCGUUGCGGUAGAUUAUUUGAUGCAAAAUGUGGAUUUGAUUCUGACAAUCUUGUGUUUGCUCACCAUAAGCUUUCCUAUCGUUCGACUUUUCAAUUAGUGUUUUCUUUUAUA